UCGGCCGACCCAUAGAACGUCGUUGCUUUUCGUUGGGCCAGGCUUAAACGUCGUAGUUUUCGUAGUGUAUAUCUAUGGCAUGUUGGUAAACAAUGAACCCGGACACGAUUCUGUCGCGCCCCCGGAUCUAACGUCGUCUUCUCCCUCCCGUUUUCUGCUUUUCCUGUGAAUUUACGCUUUUGUGGGACCUGUGUUCGGUAGACGAAAGGUUUUGCCAGUGUUGAAGCGUGGUCUCGUGUUCAUUACGUUGUCGUGUGGUAGCCUACGACACCCCAGACAGACGAGGCCUCGGGCAGGUUGACCUCUCUCCAGCCUUUACGGAGGUAUUGGCUUUUUAGCAUAGUGCACAAUGGACGUUUUUGUGCUUGGUGGGGUAGUGCUGGUGUUGACAGUGGUUGUCUACAUCCUAGCAACCCUUGGCACAAAGGAAACCCCUUUUGAAAUAGCUCUGGCAGAACAGCGCCAGAAGAGAGAGCAAGAAAAUGCACCUGUUAAAUCAGAAAAGCAAAUAAAAUACAGACCCAAGCCAAAGAAGCCAAAAGUUAGGAAAGAGGCUGAUCCAGAGCCGUCAGUAAAGCCUGCAGUGGCCCCAGUUGUCGCACCAGAACCCGAACCAGAGCCUGAACCAGAGAUCAAGGAACCAACACCUACACCUACUCCUCCACCCUCUAUAGUAGAACCACAACCAUCACCUCAACCCCCACAGGAUAAGAAGAAGGACAAGAAAAAGAAAAAAGAUGAAAAGAAGGCUAAGGACGUCCCUGCUCCUGAAGCUAAGACUACUGCUAGCAAGGAGCAACAGGUGCAAGAGAAGGUUGAAGAGGUCAUUGUUUCCAAAGCCGAGGCACCAAAAUCAGAGUCUAAAAAACCAGAGGCCGCUCCCGAACCUUCCCCAUUGCCUCAGGCUAAAGAAUCUAAGAAAGAGGUAGAGGCACCUGUUAAACGGCAGCAGAUUGAGAUCAUUGAGACUGUCGAAAGCCAGGUUGUCCAGAAUGCAUCAUCUGCUGCUCCUGCUGUUCCAGCUGCUACCACUGGCAAAGUAACUCCCACCCAAGAGAAGAAAGAAAAGAAGAAAAAGGAGAAGGCUACUGCUGCUUCCACUCAGGGUGAUAUGAAGCUUGUGUCAUUGCUCCAGCAGUCUGCUCUCAGUGGAAACAUGAUUCAGUUGAUGAUUGACAUUUUAUUGGAUAAACAGCAGCAGAAUAACGAUGGAGGGGAAUGGGUUGAGAAGGGCAAAGUUGAUCCCCUCACCCAGAUGCGUAAGCAGUUGGAAGAGGUACAGGCUCGCCUGCAGGAUAAGGAUGAGGCCCACAAAGCUCUCACUGCUAAGAUAUCUGACUUGCGUUCUGAGCUGAACGGUGAGCGGUCCCGUGCUAUCAAACUGAAGAGUCAGCUCGAUGACACCAUUGCCAACCACACUCGUCAGCAGGAGAUAGCUGCCAGCAAUGCCGUGACAGCCCAAACAGCUAAGCUGAACGAGUUACGUAAAGAACUGGAGCAGGAAUAUAAGACCAAAUUGGAUCAGCAACAGCAGAUCCUUGAACAAUUGAAGAGUAACACCAAUGAGGCUGAGAUAGCAAAAUUGCAUGCAUCCUUGAGCGAUGCAGAAUUGCAGGCAAAUGUUGCUCGGCAGAAGUCAGAGGAACUGAGGCUGAAUUUUGAAGAACACAACAGGAAACUGGAAGAGAAGUUAGCAGCUGAAGAAGUAAAUAAAAAUGCUCAGUUGUCUGAGCUUCAUACACAAUUGGCAAACACUGAUGCUGCACGCGCCAAGGCUUUGGCCGAAGCAUCAGCUAUAGCUGCAGAGCGUGAUGGUCUUAUAGUGCAGCUCUCUAGUGAAAAUAGUAAAUAUGCACAAUUACAGCACAAGAUGCAGGAAACCUUGCGUGAGAAAUCAGAAGUUGAUUCCAGACUUAUUCAAGUGGAGUCUGAUCUUAGUAGUGUUCGACAAGUGGUGUUAGAUCAAACUAAUCAGAUUGAGCGUUUAAAGGAGGAGAAGGAAUCGCUAGCGUCGCAAAGUGUCCGUCCAGCAGCUGAGGGUCAGGAAAAUGGCGAUGUACAUGCAGAGCAAAGUGUCGCCACUGACACAACACAUUUAGAAUCCCUAGUGAAAGAAAAAGAUAGUUUAAUAGAACAGCACGUAUCUGAAGUUAAAAACCUAAAUAAAGAGAUAUCAAGAUUAAAAGAAGAUCUGGAGGGCCAGAAGACCAAGAACAAUGAGUUACGGGAAAAGAACCACAAAGUCCUGGAGGCCUUAACGAGCACAGAGGAAAAACUGGUGGCUAGACUCAGGCAGGUGGAUGAUUUUUCUGGCGUCAUUGACCAGGAGAGAGCCAAGGUUCGUGCCGUCCUAAGAAGAAUCUCUCCUGAUGUUCUAGUAGAUGAUGCUUUGGAUCAAGAUGCAUUUUUGAAUGAAUUUGAAACAAAAGCAUCACAAGUGUCGACACAGACAUCCAUGUCGGUGCCAGAGGUUGUGGAGAAGGUUGUUGAGGUAGAAAAGGUUGUGGAGAAGGAAGUUAUUGUAGAAGACCCAGCACUUAAAAACCAGGUAGAGGAACUCACUAGGGAGAACACAGAACUUAAAACACAGGUUGCUGAAUUCCAGAAAUCUAUACCAAAGGUUGAUGACAGUAAGAGAGUAAGCGAGUUAGAAGAGGAAGUUAAAUCUGUUAAUGAAAAAGUUGUUCACUACCAGAAAGUUUUAGCUGAUACUGAAGAACUGUUAAGAACAUUGCAAGCAUCAGUUGAAUCUGAAGAAGUUAACUGGAGCAAGAAGCUAAGCGAGAAGGAGAAUAAUGUCAAACAGCUCACAGCAGACAAGGCUAACCUCGAGUUGCAAAUCAAGCAACUCGAGGGUACUCUUGAUAAAGUCAGACAGGCUGAAGAGAUGGACUCUCAGCUCAAGGUAUUACAAGAGCAGCUACAGAAAGAAGAAAAAGAAAAGGCGUCAUUGCAGCAACAGCUGCAAGAUGCCCAAGAGCAGCUAACAAAAACUGCCACUCAGGGCGGCAGUGAUGAAGAUUGUUUGCGGGAACUUCGUACGGAGAACCAGAAGUUACUAUCAUUGGUCACUGUUGGGCAAGAGGAGAGCCGAGAGCAGGACCAACUCAUUCAACAGCUACAACAGGAGCUAGCUGCUGUAAAGGCAGCCCUGGCCGCUAGCCGUUUGAGUAAAAUGGGCUACAUGGUUGGUUGGGUGGGACGCAACAGCAACAACACAAGCACCGACAACAACUUGGAACAGCAGAGCGCAAGCACAAACGGCCCUGCCAAUGAGGAGCAAUGUCAAGAGGAUGACAACUCACGCGCUGACACAGAGAGUCUGAUGUCUGCAUCCUCUGCCUCGGUCACUGAUACUAACCCCUCACAGGUUGAGUCUAAAGCAUCGGCUAAAAAGAAAAAGAAGAGAAAGGGUAUAUUGGGAAAACUUAUGGGGAAAAGCUCAGACCCUUAAGGGUGCUGGGGCUAAGUAGUGAAAUGCAAGAGAUUAUGCAAGUAAAUGAAAAAAAAAAAAAAAAAAA